UGUAUCUAGUUACAUUGCAAUAUUAUAUUGGUUCUAACAUCAUAACUGAUGUCAAUUUUAAUCACCAUCAUUUAUCAGUUACUGAUGUAUCACAUCUUUUAGUGCUUAAGCAUUACUCAUCCUCCUGGAUCUUGAACACUCCAUCUGGAUUUUCACACCAUCUGAAGUAGGACAUCUCUUUCCUGUGCUCCCAGGGUGACUCAGUUACUGCCUUUUUUUUUUCUUCUUUUUUUUUGCAGGAGAGGCUGAAAAGUGAUUGAACGCUGGCAGGACAUAAAGGCCAGAGAGCGAGAGUGUGUGUGGAGGGAGUGUAGGUGACACAGGAGCAGACGUUUGGAGCUCCUCCCUCUCCUCUUUGCUGGUUAUUUUUGGCCUGAGUGUGACAGUGAGAGCAUGCUGUACCCCUGACAGCUGGGCCCAGGGGCCAAAUCAAAACAAGGCUGCACCUCAUGCACUUGUUGCAUGAACACGACCAUCACUACAGCCACUACAAGAGGUACAGUAAGGACAGUAAGGAGAUUCUUUUGGUGAGCAAGCUUUCUCCUGCUUAUGAGCCAUUCCACCCUGAACUCAGUGGCACAUUUGGUUUAGGGGAACAUUAAUAAAGCCUGAAUCAAAAUGACAGAAUUGGUCUCUUCAAAUGAAGAGGAUAAGGAUCCUGACAUUGAGCUGUUCGUAAAGGAGUUCAUCCGUUGGUUUCGACGAAGACCGAAGUUUCCAUUUCUGCCUCCAUUGUGGAGAACACAAACUAGAACUCGACUUGCGUGUGAAUUGGAUUAAAGUGAGGAAGACUUGCGCAGCAUCGGCCUCACUCUCACUUCCUGGUGACCGCCAUGAUCCAGUGGCAAGACUGAGUCAAGACGACUGAGGAUGGCCCCGGGCGCAGUGAUUCAUACAUCCAUUCAUACACUAUGGACACUUUGGAAACGCCAAUCUGCCUACCAUGCAUGUCUUUGGACUGGGGGAGGAAACCCCCACGGGGAAAACAUGCAAACUUCACACACACGGUGGGAAUCGAACCCUCGACCCAGGCGGCGUGAGGCGAACGUCCUAACCACUAAGCCACCGUGCACCCCUGUGCUAUCAGGUGUCAGAACACACCGUGAAUCACAGCUUGCUGUGGAUGGUGCUGCAUAGCUACAGACCGGUCCGAGUGCCCACGCUGACCCCUGUCCACCACCGAAAGCGCCUACAAUGGGCAUGUAGGCAUCAGAACAGGACUAUGAACUAAUGGAAGAAGGUGGCCUGGUCUGAUGAAUCACGUUUUCAAGUGGACGGCCAGGUGCAUGUGGGUCGUGUACUCAUGGAAGAAAUGGCACCAGGAUGCACUAUGGGAAGAAGGCAAGCCGGCAGAGGCAGUGUGAUGCUUUGGGCAAUGUUCUGCUGGGGAACCUUGGGUCCUGGCAUUCAUGUGGAUGUUACUUUGACAUGUACGACCUACCUCAACAUUUUUGUAGACCAAGUACACUCCUUCAUGGCAACAAUAUUCCCUAAUCGCAGUGGACUCUUUCAGCAGGAUAAUGCACCUGAUACACCUCAAAAAUUGUUCCAGAAUGGUUUGAGGAACAUGACAAAGAGUUCAAGAUGUUGACUUUGACUUGGCCUCCAAAUUCCCAAGAUCUCAAUCCGAUCGAGUAUCUGUGGUAUGUGCUGGACAUCUGAUCCAUGGAGGCUCUACCUUCUAACUUACAGGACUUAAAGGAUCUUCUGCUAACUUCUUGGUGCCAGAUACCACAGCACACCUUCAGAAGUCUUGUGGAGUCCAUGCCUCGACGGGUCAGAGCUGUUUGGUUGGGCCUGCACUAUAUCAGGCAUUAUAUUGCAGGCAGUGAUGGAGAGAGCAUUGGGAACUGUCCCUUCUCCCAAAGACUCUUCAUGAUCUUAUGGCUGAAAGGGGUGGUAUUCAAUGUCACCACUGUUGAUCUGAAAAGGAAACCACCAGAUCUACAUAAUCUGGCACCUGGAACACACCCACCUUUUCUCACCUUCAAUGGCGAGGUGCGGACUGAUGUCAACAAGAUCGAGGAGUACCUAGAGGAGAUGCUAGCUCCUCCAAAGUACCCAAAACUAGCAACAAAAAACAGGGAAUCAAAUACAGCAGGAAAUGACAUCUUCGCUAAGUUCUCUGCAUACAUAAAGAACACAAAACCUGAGGCUAAUACAAGUCUACAGCGAGGUUUACUGAAGACUCUGAAGAAACUAGAUGACUUCCUUAACUCUCCUCUACCGGAGGAGAUCGAUGCAGAUAGCAUGGAGGAGGAAAAGUGCUCCAAUCGUAAAUAUCUUGAUGGCAAUGAAUUAACACUCGCAGACUGCAACCUUCUCCCUAAACUUCAUGUUGUCAAGUAUCUAAGAAAUACCGUAACUUUGAGAUACCUUCAGAGUACAGUGGAGUUUGGCGCUAUCUACAGAACGCCUAUGCGCGGGACGAGUUCACCAACACGUGUGCAGCUGACAGAGAGAUCGAACUAGCUUACCAGGAUGUAGCCAGACGGCUGGGGAAGUGAAACCUAAUUCAAGAGCAUAGUUCAUUUUCACAGACAAACUGCAACGAGAGGAGACUCCUUUGUCACAUGAAUGUGUUCAAUACAUUUGAUAGAUAAUACAUAACAUUAAAAAAAUUUUCAGGGGGAAUUUUUUUGAGUUUUAUUGUGUGUGUUGCCUUGAGGACACCAUAUUGGAUUGGUCCUAUAAAUGCCCUAGAUAGACUGUUGCUUGGUCUGAUGCUGCCUGUGUACAUUUUGCAUGUCGCUGCCGUUUUGCUACCUGGGUGCAAAUGGCACGAAUCUGUCUAAUCAGCAACUCUGUAAUGGGCUUGAGAAAAGACUGUGCCACUAAAAUAGUUCUAUUAAAAUCUCUGCAGCCUUCAUUCUCUUGAAAUGCACAAGGCAGCAUGUUUCAUUUGCUUUUCCACUCUACUAUUAUAAUACUUUAUGCAGUCAAAUCACCAGAGUUAAAUAAACCUGUAGUGUUCUCCAGACUCCAGUUUAAAUAUGCACAAAUUAAGCAUAAUCAGAUGAAUACUAUACAACUGAAUUCUGCACUGAAUCUAUUACAUUUAUAAUCUUGUCAUUAUCUUUGCUCAAGAGUUUUACUUUUGUGCAAUUUGGUUCCUUCUGUGUUCUGUAAACCUGUUAAUAAGACUCACAUGCAACAAUGCAAUGUUCUUUGGUUUAAAGCUUAUUUAUUGUAAAAUUGCUAAACACUUACUGUAUGAUUAACUGUGUUUGCUGACAUUUUAUGUUAAUUUAAGAACAGUAUUGGAUUUUUAGACUGAACUUCAGUAAUCCACAAACAUAUUCAUUCCCUGCACAAUCUAUAAAGAUUAGUGCAGUGUAUUCUACUUUACAGCAGUUGUCACAGGUCCUAGUUAAGCAAACAGCGCCAUCUUGUGAUGAAGCAGUAGAAGUUAAAAACGCAAUCGUACACUACAGUACAUCAAUGGUACACAAUAUCUACCAUCAAGUGCAAAGGUUUGCAUAGUCUUAAGACAGAAUUGAGAAAACAAAUAGUUUAACAGAUCUUCCUUCAUUAUCACAAUGAAUAAAAAAUGUUAUUAAAUCUCUGCCAGUUCUGCAAGCAUUUGCCAUGUACCAGUUUUGCUUCACUGUUCUAUUUAAUUCACCUAAACCAUUUUAUGUGGUUUUACAUCGCAUGCGAAUCAGCUAAAAUCCUGACAUGGUAGUAUUAUAUAAUUAUUGGUAGUCAUGAAUAAUGAUAAAAAUGUUUAUGUACAAUGUCCCAAAUUAUUUGUUGAACUUUUGUAUAGAUCUAACAUAUUUCUGUACUCUGCUAUAUGCCACAAUUAUACUGAAAUCUCUUCUAAUGGCAAAUAAAUCUAUUUUUUUAUAA